GAAAGAAAUAGAAAUCAAAACAAAGCUGGCAACCUCUUCGGGCACCUCCACACACACAUAUAAGGGAAGGGAAGAUUAAGCAGAUGAAUGUGUGAUGGAGGAGAAAGAAAUAGGGAAUUUAGGAAGGUCACUUCUGGUACCUUCAGUUCAGGAGUUGGCCAAGAAGUCCUCAAGCAGAGUUCCUCCAAGAUAUGUGCGUCCUCAUGAUGAACUACUACAACACAGAGAUGCAGAAGCAGAGCCAUUCUCAUCACGACCACAAGUUCCCAUAAUCAACUUGUCUCAUUUAUCUUCUCCCGAUUUCAAGGCCUCUGAGCUCCACAAGUUCCAUUCCGCGUGCCAACACUGGGGUUUCUUCCAGGUUAUAAAUCAUGGAGUGGAAGAGUCACUGGUGGAGAGAGUGAAGAGGGGAAUCCGAGAAUUCUUCAAUCUGCCGAUGGAGGAGAAGGAGAAAUAUUGGCAGACAGGUGAAGAUGUGGAAGGGUUUGGUCAGGGCUUUGUGGUCAGUGAGGAGCAGAAGCUGGACUGGGCUGACAUGUUCUACAUGGUCACUCAUCCUCCUUCUCUCAGAAAGCCCCACCUCUUUCCCAAUCUUCCUCUUCCUUUCAAAGAUGAUUUGGAGGCAUAUAGCGGAGAAAUGAGAAAGUUAGCGCUAAAGAUACUGGAGGCAAUGGUGGAAGCACUUGGAAUGGAGGAAAAGGAAAUGAGAGAAUUAUUCGAAGAAGGAUGGCAGGCAAUGAGGAUGAACUAUUAUCCGCCAUGCCCUGAGCCAGAGCUCGUAAAUGGGCUUAGUCCUCAUUCUGAUGGAAUCGGUCUCACCAUCCUCCUCCAAGUCAAUGAAACCGAACAAGGUCUUGAGAUCAGAAACGAUGGCGCCUGGAUUCCUGUUACUUUUCUUCCUAAUGCUUUCGUUGUCAAUAUUGGAGAUAUGUUGGAGGUUGUGACGAACGGAAUUUACAAGAGCGUAGAACACAGAGCAACAGUAAACUCAAAGGAAGAGAGGAUGUCGAUAGCCACAUUCUACAGUCCAAAGUUAGAGGGAGAUUUAAGUCCAGCAGCCAGCUUAGUUACUGCAGAAAGACCACCUUUAUUUAGAAGAACUGGUGUGGCUGAAUUUUUCAAAGGCUAUCUCUCACGUGAACUCAUUGGAAAAUCUUAUCUCGAUACCAUCAGGAUCCAAAGAAUAAGUAAAAGGCCCAUGGAGGCAGAAGAGGGCAACAAGGUGAUGAGGGUGCCUUGUGUGAAAGACCUAGCAAAAGAGGCGUUAAGCAGAGUCCCGGAUAGAUAUAUUCAUGCCGUGGAUAUCGAUCCUAUUGUCUGCAACUCACCCUCUUCACCUCAGAUUCCUGUAAUUGACCUCUCUAACUUGUUAUCUUGUGACCAUCAUGUGAAAGAAGCCGAGGUGCAUAAAUUACAUCUUGCUUCUCAGCAAUGGGGCUUCUUCCAGGUGAUUAAUCAUGGAGUGAGGGAGGACUUGGUGGAGAAGAUGAAGAAAGGAGUGAAAGAACUGUUCGAUCUUCCGAUGGAAGAGAAGAACAAGUUGUGGCAGAAAGCAGGAGAGAUGGAGGGAUUUGGUCAGAUGUUUGAGGUGUCCGAGCAGCAGAAACUGAACUGGGUGGAUGUCUUCUACGUCUUCACACUUCCAUCGCACUUGAGGAAUACCCGCCUCUUCCCUAAUAUCCCCCUACCUUUCAGAGAGGAUUUGGAGGAAUACAGUGUGGAAGUGAGAGAAGUGGCGAGGAAGAUUCUGGGAGGAAUGGCAGAAGCACUGGGAAUGAAGAAGGAGGAGAUGAAGGAAUCGUUCGGAGAAGGUGGGCAAUCGAUGAGGAUCAAUUAUUAUCCGCCGUGUCCUCAGCCACAAGAUGUGAUCGGCAUCAAUGCUCACACGGACGGCACUGCCCUCACGGUGCUUCUGCAGGUCAACGACGUGGUGGGCCUCCAGAUCAAGCACGACGGCGUCUGGGUUCCGGUUCUUCCUCUUCCUCACUCCUUCGUCGUCAACAUCGGCGAUGUUCUCCAGAUAAUAACAAAUGGGGCGUACACAAGUGUGGAACACCGAGCCAUCAUUAACUCCAAAAUGGAGAGAAUUUCGAUCGCAACGUUUUAUGGGCCGGGAAGGGAAGGGUACAUAGGCCCGGCAGCGAGCCUUCUGGGCCCAGAAAAGCCCGCGUUGUUCAAGACGGUAAGCGUGGCCGACUACUACAAGGGUUUCCUUUCCAAGGAGGGUCCCACAAAAUCAUACCUGGAUCUCAUGCGCAUCCACCACGAGGAGGAUUCCCCACUCAAUAUUGUAAACUGAUCACCAGUACUUAUUGCUUACUCGCUUUUCAACACCUGGUUUUAGUAUCCUUUAUUUAUCUCUGCUUUUUUUUUUCAAGGUUAUUUCCUGCUGCCUGUCUUCUUCUCCUGUGUGUCGUAGUUUGAUGGUGGCUCCACAAUUGAUAAAGAUGUGUUUUAAAAUUUACAUAAUUAGGAUUAGGAUGAGACCAUAAAAUAUUACAGCAAUGCAUCAGGUGGUCAUCAGGAGCCCCAUUUUAUUGUUACUACCAGACAGUCGUAGGCCCAGCAAUAC